UAAUUUGAUCCCUACUUUAUGUAUUAAAGUACUUUUUAACUGGUGGUGAACAAGUGACAUGCAGCCUUAAUGAUCUUCGUGCAGUCUACAAACCACCAUUCAUCGAGCACCGUGACUUCUCGCAAUGCUCCACUUUGACACAGAUACUCACCUUGACACAGAUAAUAGACACGAAGCUGCACCUCCUUUCUUGUGAUUGACUAUUAAGGACUCCCAAGUGUGACCAGACAUGAAGAGAAUGCUCAAAGUUAUCUUUUGGAAAAAGAAAACAUUACUGACUGACUAUGGUCCCAAGAAAACCAGCAAUAAUGACGAGGAUCUCACUCAAACUGUGCUUCUGCUCGAGAAGGAACAAGAGAAGCAGGAAGAGGUACAAGAGGAGGAACAGGAGGAGCUUAGUCAGGUAGUGUCAGUGAUCAACAGUGAGGUGUGGCAGGAACAGAGGUUGCCUCACCACCAACACACGUUUCACAACUCAACUCUCGCUAACUUCAUCAGGAGGCGACGCAAAGAGAUGGCGAUCAUCCGUCGCUUCGAGAUGGUAGAGGAUCAGGUGAAAGCCAAGGACCCGACCUUGGCAGAGAACCUGCAGCGCCUUCGUCAGGAUCACCUUGCUUAUACCGCCACCUGGUGCAGGUUCAAGUACCACCCCAGACUCCUCAAGGAAGAUAGUAUUAAAGAGGACGAAGCGGAGGAGGAAGAGGAAGAGACAAAUGAGGAAUUAGAAGAAUUAUUACAGGUGGACCCCAGCCACCCCCAGAACACCACCGGUCCUCGCCUCAACCUCAUCUGGAGGGAGAGACUGGAGGUGUCGGAGAAGGAGCGGCUGCAGCGACUCCAGGAGUUAGAGGAUGCCAGGGAAGCCUUCAGGAAGGAGAUGGAGAAGUCACUGAAGAGCAACCCCAGCACAGGCAACAGCAGACUCUUCCAGACCCCUAAAGGCAGGGGACUGGGCACAGUCUCCAGCAGGCUCCAGGGAAGAAGACGACCCUCGGCUAUUUCGAAGGCAUUGAAUGAAGGAUCCGUCAUUGAGGAUUUCACCUCAGCUUCCUCUGGUCUCCCGACCUUCAGCUCCGCUCUCAGGAGGGGCUCCCUUCCCCCGCCUUACUCUGCCCUUCAGAGGUCAGAAAGGAUCUCUAUGCAGGAUUACAAAAAAUCUAAAGUCAAGGCAGUCACCAAGGUCAAACCUUUCAACUUUGAUUCCUCCAGUAAAAAGCACAGUUGUACUGUUCACUACCACUUCCAUCACUAGCCCUGGGCCUUGAUCCCACACCUGUACCACUGCUGCCUUAUAUAACUUCAAGAGCAGGUAUGCUAGGGCACAGUAUGCCAGGAGUUGGUAAAUUCAGGGGAAUUUUGAAGAGGCAGGGCCAAGAAUACUCUCUCAGCCCAACAAACAACUUGCUGUAGCACCUGAGAGAUUACUGCUUCAUCUGUCAUUGGUAAAAUUAAUAACUAGUAUAUGUACUUGCUAUAAUUGCCAUAACAUUCCUUUUAAUACACAGAUAUUUUUGCUACUGGAAAACUUGUGAAGGUUAUUAAAAUACAUGCAUAGGUUUG